GCUAACUUCUUUCUCCCAUUUUCUUGCCAUGGAAAUCGAUUCCGCUACCAACGGAAACUCUGACGCCGUCAUGACGGAAUCCGCCGCUACGAUCACUCCGUCUCCGGUCGUCGUCCCGGCUUCGAGAUCGAAUCAAUUUACGGAAUCGCUCAAGCUUGAGCACCAGCUCCUCCGUGUACCUUUCGAGCAUUACAAGAAGACGAUCCGUACCAAUCACCGUUCUUUCGAGAAAGAGGUAUCAACUGUUGUUAACGGCGUCGGAGAAUUGGCUGAUUCCGAUUGGUCUAAAGACGUCACCGUUUCGCGUCUUACUAGCCUUGUUACUCGAUUACAAGGCCUCAAACGAAAGUUGGAAGAAGGGAGCAAUGUGGAGAAUUUGCAAGCCCAGAGAUGUCGUGCUCGCAUUGAUCAUUUGGAUUCAGUAGAUGUGGAGAAUAUUACUGAAUGGAACAAUACAAAACUGAAACGGAUUCUUGUGGACUACAUGCUGCGGAUGUCAUAUUUCGAGACUGCUACAAAGCUUUCAGAAAGCAGCAAUAUUUUGGACCUUGUCGACAUUGACAUAUUUCGAGAAGCUAAGAAGGUGAUUGACGCCCUUAAAAAUAGGGAGGUAGCUUCUGCAUUGGCAUGGUGUGCUGAUAAUAAAACCCGGUUGAAAAAGUCAAAGAGCAAAUUUGAGUUCCAACUAAGGCUGCAAGAAUUCAUCGAGUUGGUACGUGUUGAUACAGCUGACAGCUACCAAAAAGCAAUCCAGUAUGCUCGAAAGCAUCUGGCAUCAUGGGGAGCAACCCAUAUGAAUGAAUUGCAGCAUGUUCUGGCCACUUUGGCUUUUAAAAGUACUACAGAAUGCUUAAAAUAUAAGGUUUUGUUUGAACCACAACAGUGGGAUAUUUUAGUUGAUCAGUUUAAACAAGAAUUUUGCAAGUUAUAUGGCAUGACGAUGGAACCCUUAUUGAACAUCUACUUACAAGCAGGCUUGUCUGCUCUGAAAACUCCAUAUGGUUUUGAAGAAGGUUGUACCAAAGAGGACCCGCUCUCACAAGAGAACUUCCGGAAGCUUGCUUUGCCUUUACCGUUCUCCAAGCAGCACCAUUCAAAGCUGGUUUGCUAUAUUUCUAAGGAGCUAAUGGACACAGAGAACCCACCACAGGUGCUGCCCAAUGGCUACGUCUACAGCACCAAGGCUCUCAAGGAAAUGGCGGAAAAGAAUGGAGGAAUAAUAACAUGUCCAAGGACAGGGCUUGUCUGCAACUACACGGAAUUAGUUAAGGCAUAUAUAUCAUGAACCCAUAUGCUCAUCACUUUGGUUGCAUUUUCAAUGGAUGACUGGGAGGUCAGUAUUAAGGCCAAAGAAACUGAAAUUUCCAACUUUCUCCAUUACUAGUCUUUGUGAAUAUGCACUUACAGAUAAAACUUUGCAUCACUU